AUGCACUGCACAAGCUUCAUUACUGACCCAUCAUCCUCAUCUCCAUCAGUGGAUGAAGACAGGGAGAAGGAAGGUGAUAUGCUGGUGUCAGUGGCCACUUUGAUCACUGAAGGACGUAUACCGGGUGGUACGGGGCCCAGGAAGUUCUACGAGGGGCCUCACUGCACUCUGAUCAAAGAGGUUGCCGACAGGGGACAUAAGUGCGAUGUUGCCGACAAUCUUUGUAUGAGAUUCAAGAAUGACAAGAAGACUAUCUUAAACUUCAGUCGGAAUAGUGUACCGUUGUGCGUUGAGGUACUCUUGACCUGCCCAUGUAAAAAAAUAAAUGGCAUCACCGGUGGAUCUAUGGAAAAUGUGCAUAUGUUGGAACAGUGGCAUUUUAGCAUCAGUAAAAGAUCAAUCGACUCAUCAUCGUAUUCUCCACCACCUCUGUUCACACUUCUGCAACUAGUCAGCGCGAUCCGUUCCCAGUUGUACUUUUCCCAGAUCACUGCCUGGUUGACGACCCAAGACAAAUCCAGCUCGGGUUCCCGGAUCGCAGAAGACAACUUCCAGUACCACCUGUGCGCUCCAGGGAAGUCAGCGGCUAUGCCUAAGUUCUAUCUUUCAGCUAUCAAGCACGACUUCCCCGCCACUAAUCUCGGAGACGGCAGCGUGAUGAACGUGUCAUUCUUUAGCGUACCUAGAAGCGGCGUUGCAGUACCGCCUGAUAUCACGUGCGACAAUUGUUUGCGAAGAGAAAAGAAAAGGAUAGGAGUGAUUAUGGGUUCAUGCAACCAGAUGCCGUGUAGUAUGGACCUGGACAGAUUGGUUUUGGACGACAGAAUGCAUCCUGUAUGUAAUUUAAAAGGAAAACAUCGGUGUGAAGAUUUCGAGGAAGAUGAACGAAUUAAGGUUAACACGCAACUGAUCAAGAGAUUGUGCCAGAAUAACAAAAGUGCCUGUGAAGCUUCCACCAGCAGAUUGACUAAACCAAAAUUAAAAGUUCAUAAUGGCUGUGAAAAUAAGAACCUCAGUCCACAGGUGAACCAGAGGGUUAAAAAUCUGAUGGAACUACUGGACUCAGAUUCUGAUGAUGAUCUCUCGAAGGACAAGGGCCAGCUUCUGCUGGAGGCCAUAGAACGGAGUGGCGCCAAUAAAAAGGCAAUGGAUGAAAGUGAUAAUGCCAAAUGUGAUAAACCGAGCGAUCGUGAUAUUUUUAGUAUUAGACAGAAGAAUAAUUUCAAUAUAUACGUAGAUAAGCAUUGUGAUACGCCGAUUCCUAUACUUCGACACAAACAGAUGAGAGAAAUAUCCAACGUGGAUAUUGCAAAAUUAAAGAACUCUACAGUCCGACAGAAAAUAACAUUUGAUGAUCUCAAACCAGAGAAGAAAGAGAAGAUAAAGGAGGAAGUUAAGGAAGUGGGAGUGCCAAGUGCAUCAGAGCAAGCUAAGUUUAGGAAGAAUUUGGAUAAUGCUGCAUCCAUGGUGUUCCAUUCGAGAACUGGCUUACCAUUAACUAGUAGCCCCGCUCCUGUCAGAAAAGGAAAGACCUGCUUCGAUUUCGAUUCGUCGCUCAAUUCUGUAUCAGCCAUAAAAAGCGCCCUUUUUUCAACGAGCUUCUCAACAGACGACGAUAGCGAGAGCGACGGCUGCAGCAGUUGUAGUUCGCUGUCCCCGCGCAGCCCUGGCGACCUGCUGCCCAUUUCCGUGGGCGCUCCGCCCCCCUUUGACAAAUACCGACCAAAAAAAGGACAGAACGCCCCAGCUUCCGGCUUAUUAGGAAGCUUUGAGGAAUCAGUUCUAAACGGUCGUUUGGAACCAGUAUCAACCGUCCAUGGAUUUACGGCAGAGUUAGGGGCAAGCGGAUCCUUCGUUCCUAAACAUCUCGUUCUUCCAGUUACAGUAUUUUUCUACACGUUGGGUGACAACGAUAAAGUCUCAGCUCCGUACCUUGGCCAUAUCAACUUGGGAAAGAAAGGCUACAACGUUCCGAAGAGAGGCACACUGCAAGUAACAUUAUUCAAUCCUUUGGGCACUGUGAUCAAGAUGUUUGUGAUCAUGUACGAUUUAUCAGACAUGCCUCCGAAUUCUCAGACGUUUAUACGUCAGAGAACGCUGUACAUGCCGAUGAAUUGCAAAGACACAAAUAUCGAAUGGGGACCAAAAUGGCUUCGAUAUCUCAUCCAUCUCAGAUUCCAAAGUUCUAAAUCAGGAAAGAUCUAUCUACACACUGAUAUAAGAAUGAUAAUAUUUAGAAAAAGCGACAUGGAUACUGCAACGGCUCAUGGAAUUGAUAUGAGUUACGAAUUACGCAGUUUCACGCAUAUCCCUGUCAAUCCGAAGUUCUCUCCAAGAAAGUAACUAGAGGAACAUCUCGAGUUUCCUGUUAAUACAACCAAGGCGUCAGACACGAAACAAGAGACUCCCCCCACAUCUAGCACUCCAAGCCUUUAUAGUUAUGUUUACCAGAGGUUACUUAGCUGUUUCCUGCAGACAGACAUUGCGGCUAGUGUAUAGUAGGUCAGACACUUUUUAUGAGAAUUGCAGGUUUAUUGAGUAAAUGAGAAUGAUACGCUGACGGAAAAGAUUAGUCGCGUUUAUUAGAAAAGAUCACUGUUGGAGCGAUUAUUGACGAUGACCUUAAUCGAUUCAUACGAGUAUAUGAACAUAGCAAUGUCAAAAGCUGUGAUUGGCCGAGUAGCGCUUCGGUCUGAUGAAUACCACCUUUGUUUUAGAUAUCUAUUUAUAUUAUUUUCUGGUUUUGUAUUUUAUAUAACAAAGUUAUAGACAUCUUGUGAUUUUUAUAUUACAAUUAUAAGCAGUGCAUGCGGCAUGUACGACGAUAAAGCAACAUAGAUUCUAUAACUGGGGUUAUUAGGAAAAAGUAAUUGAGAAACUGGGAAAAAAGUUUAUUAUUUUUUUAACAGGUAUAUAAUUGAUGCCUGUGGAUUAUAUCCAAGAUAUUACUGUACUGGUGAGUCUAUAAGAAUGUUUAGUGAGCGGUCUGAAUAACAUAUGACCAAACCAAGAGGUUGUUUCUCAAUACGCCAGUUUGAUCCUUCCUACGUUAACGUAAUCAUUAAAACUCUGAUUUAUACCCAGUCGCCACAACAUGGUGAUUUAAAAAUGCACUACAAAUUGUCCAGUGCCAUUGAAAAUUUGAUUAAACGACAAUGAUAUACAAAGUACCUAUAUUAAAUGAUCGGGAUCCUUUAUGUAAUGAAGGCAAAGACAUCUGUAAAUUCAUGAACACUUGGUACAUUCUUGGUUGUAUCCGAUCACUUCGAGUUAAGGUGUAAGAAGUCAGGGAAUUAUAGGUUAUUAUUAAUGUUUACAUAUACCCUAUUUCACGCGUAUCCAUCACGUAUCUCUCUACUGAGAUGAACAGCUGAUCAACAAGUGACAUCUUUGUAUUAGUCUGUAACCGUUGGCAAUAAUGAAUCGGGUGCAAAACUAGUAACUUGCUUGUAGCCUCUUUUUUGUACGCAAAUGAACUUUUAUAAAUAAAAUACUUCAUAGCAAGUACAAAAUGAAUCUAGCAUACAAAAAACCAAUACAAUAUAUGUACGGCUUUGUCUACCUGGCCUUGAACGGAUCCGUCAGAACUAUGCCAUUUGGCGACAUGGGGAAUUUUGUAAUAACACUAAAUAAUCAGCUGUCAUUCUAUCGUAAUGGAUACUCGUGAAAAAGACUAUAUAGUACAGUAUUUGUGAUUGCCAAAACCCUCUAAUAACUUAAUAUUUGUUUCAAUAUAUCUAUUCAAUUUAUGUAACCGACAAUUUCUCUUGUAAGUUUUUCUUAUCAUUCAUUUUAUUUAGACGUUAAAUGUAAUGCUCAUCACCUGUAAUUCUCGUUCAUCAUAGUAAUGAAGAAUAUUAUCAUGUAUGGUCGUCACUUGCAUUUUGUAGACGAAAUAACGAAUAGCUCAUCAACUGCCAUUUCAACCUGUAUAUAUUUAAUUAUGUGUACAUAUAUAUUUCUGAUUAGACGCUAUAUUUUUAAUAUUUUUAUUGGAUAUGAAUAUGAUUGUAAUUGGUAGUCUGUGUUAUGGUAUAUACGUUACUUGAAAUUUAUAUACAUAUAUCUACGUUGGAAAGUCUUAAUUUGUUGUGUUUUUAGUUAAGAAUCAGCAGUUUUGUCCUUUGAUUAGUUUUAAUGAGGUAGUACAGGGUGAUUUUGAAUAGAAUGAAGAAAUUCUUUCUUAUUUAUAAAAAAAGUAAAUAGCCCUUGAGUGACACUGUAUAAAUCAAAGAAAUUUUGACAGCUUUGAUUGCCAGAUACCGACUAUUAAUAAUAAUAAUAGUAAUCGUCUUCAAUGAAACUGUUCAACUCCAUACAGAAAAAAAAGUUGCAAAUGGUGGCAAUCAAAAACAAAAAAAUAGAUAAAUAUUUACGGUAUGUACACAAAUCUUCUCAAAGCAUUGUAUAAAACUGCAGCACUGUUCGUGAAAGAACGCUCUGAAAUGAAGCUGUGGAGUGAAGACGUACAGUUAUAAUAUUGUAAAAUCUAACAUGUCUAUCAUGUAUAUUCCUAAAUACCAGCAUUCCUCUCAAGUAUAUAGGCUUGGACAUACGUAUUAGUUUAUGAAUGAAUACAAGGUAAUGAUAUUUGACAAUAUUUUUAUCCGGUUUAGUUCUAUACUACCAGAAACAUUGUCAAAGCACCUUAAUCCGCAGAUGAACCAACACAAUUAUUUUGUACAAUUUGAACCUGAGUUCUAGUUGUAACAUCCAGACACGGAUAAUAUAUCAUAGUUUGAAAUGAAAAAUUGCUUUAUUACCAUAUAGUGCUCUCAGUCUCAAAUAGAUUUUCUUUAAAAGGUUAUUGACAUGACUGGACAAUAAGUUUAAAAUCGAUUAUUACGCCAAGAAUUUUAACCUCAUUAACCGGGUACAGUCUUUGAGAUCCAAUUUUAACAGCUAGUUGACUUUUAAUUCUCUUUUACGAUCUGAACAAAAAAUAUCAUUCUGGAUUUACUAGGAUUCAUUGACAGGUUGUGGUUAUUCGAAAAUUGAUAACACUUUUUAAUAUCAUGGUUUAUUGAUCUCUGCGCCAUUUUUAUUUCAUCAGUAUCAACAUAUUGAACCAGUUGAGUAUCGUCCGCGAAAUACUGGUGUUCACAGAAAUUCCCAGUCUAAUGUAGAUCCGAUUUUUAGGAAACUAGAUUUGUUAUCAUAUGACACAGACUGCGAUCGAUUUGAUAUAUAACUACGAAAAAAAGUCCAAUGCAAUUGGAUCUAUGCCAUAAUAAUUUAAAUUCGCCAUUAACUCAUGAUGUACAGGUUUCCUUCCAUAAGUAUCGGGAUUGGUUCCAAAAAUCAAAAUUUAUCACAGGUAUAAUUACAAUUUUCAAAAUACAUUCCUCCUGCAUCGAUACACUUAGUUCGGCGCGUCUGCCACUCGACAAAAGCCCGCUGGAAGUCGGUUUCCGGAAUACUGUGAGAGUCUUUGUCGUCGCCGCUUGAACAGCCUCGAUGGAGUCGAACCGAUGUCUUUUGAGAUAUCUUUUUAUUCGCGGAAACAAGAAA